AUGGAGACCAACGCGCUUAUUGAUGUCGUCCACGUGGUGCAAGACCAGCUUUGGCUUGACAAGGUGAACGAGACCCUCGGGUUGGGUCGUCUCUGUCAGUGGGUAUCGACCUUCCACCCCCGCAAGCUUCCCUGCCAGUUUGAUGGUAACACCUUUUACCAUGGCGCAUUUAAUGCAGGCCUGAAAAUGGUCUUCAGCGACAGAACUACCUGGAUGGUUCGUUUCCCUCGCAUGGGCAUCGUUUGCCCCCUCUACGCCGACGAGAAGGUUGCCAUGGAGGUAACGGCACUAAAUCUCAUCAGCGACAGGACCACCAUUCCCGUCCCGAGAGUCCAGGCGUGGGGUCCAGCUGCCAGCAACCCACUUGGCCUAGGCCCGUUCAUCAUGAUGGACUUCAUCAAUGGUGUGAGCCUUCUCGACAUUCUCCAAGACCCUAACGCCGAACACAGCAGAGUCAUGAGAGAAGACAUCAGCGAGAGUGAUAUUGAAGUCAUCUACAGGCAGAUGACAAAUUUUCUACUUCAACUUUUCAAGCUCGAUUUCGACCGCAUUGGGAGCCUGCCGUCGCCUCAUCCUGAAGCUCAAAGCCCUACACCGCCACGGCCCCUAACGUUUAAGGCCCAUUGCAUCCUACGAAAUGGAGGAGUGGACACUUUCGGUGACCGAGCCCAAGGGUUCGCAACAACGACCGAGUAUUUUCAACACCUCGUCGGGCAAGACUGGGAGCAGCUUAUUCGUCAGCCAAACUCGACUGCUGGACUAUAUGAUGCUCAAAACAAAUAUGUGGCGUUCAAGGUUCUAAAGAGCCUGGUACAUGACUUUGUCCACGCGAAGUAUGACCGUUGCAAAUUUAAGCUGAUUUGCGACGAUCUCGGCCUGGGGAAUCUGAUUGUCCGCGGCAAAGAAGACCUCACUGUCAUUGGAGUAGUAGACCUUGAGUGGUCAUAUGUCGGCCCCGCCCAGCGCUUCGGCUCGGCACCGUGGUGGCUUCUCCGAGACAGGCCUGUUAACUGCGAGUGGGACUACAAGGGCGACGAGCCGCCCAAGAUUGCAGCCCGGUAUCUCCAUUAUCUUAGUAUUUUCUUACGUAUCUUAGAGGAGGAAGAGGCGAAAAUGCCAGGGCACGAAGGGAGAGAACUUUCCAGUCUUGUUAAAUGGUCGCAUACCUCUGGGGCUAUGUGGCUGCAUAUGCUCCUCUCAUCUGGCUUUAUCGACCAUCACAUCUAUCCCUUCACGCAGCUGCGCCUGUAUUUGGGGGCGUCCGAGUGGGCGAGGCGUGAGAAGGAAUUUGACAACCCAAAAGAGCUAGAAGCAUUUGCGGCGCGCAAGGUGAACGAGUUAGAUGAGUAUCUUGAAGCCUUGGAGAAGAUGGAGGAGAAGAAAGAACUCGUGGACUGUGGAGAUCUGACAAAUGAAGAGUUCAUUGCCCAAGCUCUAAUAGAGCUAGGCUGUGUCCCCUGA